UAUUGGUCCGAAAAAAACAAAUGUCGCCAUCACACGCCAAGCGCGGAAGCCGAUUACUCGGCAUCACUUGCUUAAGCAUCAUCGCAUCACCUUAUAUCUACAACUAUUGCAAGCAAGCAUACUGGACGCGUCGCUAUAAGAAACUCAACAUGGACGAAAUUAUCUCAGACAGGUUUACGUGGCUACACCACUGUAUGUUGCGUGAUGAAAUUGAACGCACGAUUAUAAAGCAGGAGCAGGCUCGUAUUAAGGAAACGGCUGCAUGAACUACUGUUAGGAAU